AUGUCACAGCCCCGGAAUACCCCGACUGAACAACUUUCGAUGCCUUCCACCGACCGCCCUCUUCAACAUGAAUCGACGGAACUUGACUCGCAUACUCAGCGCUCGGAUAGCGGCUCGUAUCGGCGACUAGUGGACUCCUCGGGUCAGGGCCGACGGAGCGGAGAGCUUGAAGGUAGUACCCUGGGAAGCAGCUCUCGCGAAGGAGCUCGCAGAACACUGAACAAGCGCAGAGUUCAGAGCUCGAGUGGGUUUCUUCUGGACGCCCUUCCUCGCUCUGAGAGCCUGAGACUUGCCAGUUUGCCAGCCCACUCGGAAUCGGAGAAGACCACACGCUUUGGCCCUCACUCGGAAAAUGGUAGAGCGAAAAAGCGAUCGCGCUUUCCGUGGAGUCGUCACAGGGACUCCUCAUCUGAAAAUCUCGACAAGUCUUCGCAGUCAGACCCCUUGAUGGGCGAUCAAGCUGUAUCAUCCAAUUCCGGUCAGGUCGGAGGCCGGACCUCAUUCCAUGCGGACUCUGGAGUCAACAAUGACCAUCGAGUGUCUCCGCCUGCCAUGGACAGGGACGCGCUCCAGAUCGUUAAUUUAGCAUUAAAUCUCAAUGAGUCUCGCAAGCGGACGACACUUGGUCAGACUCCUGGUCUCAAUGGACGGGCCCCUCUGUCUGUAUCCCAGCCAGCUUCUGCACCGAUUGGCCGUAUCGCAGGGGCUCUCAACGGAAGGCUUACCCGACUGGAACCAUACCAGGCGUAUGGUGGUGGAACUGUAAAGGAAUCUCUGCCAGUGAGGUCUCCUGUGGUGCACCUGCUGCCGUCGUCAGUUGCAAAUGACGAGCAAUCCUUCGACUUUUCCGAAAGAACGCUGGCACGUGCAGACCGAGCUCGCCGUCACUUUGAGCUCUUUCAUGAAUACAUGCGGUUGCUUCCUCUGCUUGCCCCCUUACCGGCGCCUAAGGGCUCUGAUAGUGUUGACGUACCGUCCACGCGUCCUGUUCGAGCUUCGGAGCACAGAACCUACAAUCCUCUUCAAACGAUAAGAAAUCGGAAAAUUCGCUACCGAGAGAAGUCUUCAAUUGACGCAGAGGCAGAUGGCUGGCUAGACGUGGAAAAUGUCCACGGCUGGAUUGACUCAAUUCAUUCUCAGUACGGUAACGUGGAGCAUGACGAAAUGCAGAUUAUGAAGCUUCCGCCGUUUCGGCAAGGCCAACAUGCUGGAAGUCAGGGUGACGCGCAAGAAUAUGACACUGCAAUUUCUCCUCCGAGCAGCCUGAGACGUGUCAGUCGAACCAACAGCGUGAAAACUAAUCGGCCGCGCCUUGACUGGACGACCUCUCCAGCUGAACUUCUCGCUGACGCUCUUUGGCUUGAGGAUAUCUCCCAUCGCGCUAAGGUGGUGGACAAAGACGGAAACAAGCUCUACUCUGAUCCUUCACAUUUGUUUGUCACACAGAGCAAAGUGGAACAUACUCGAUCAAAGUCCGUUUUGUCGGUAGACAUGGUGCGUCCGGAACAGGAUCGGCCGGAGUCCCGCAAUGAGUCUUCUUCGAAUCUAAGGCCGGCUCUUGAAACCGAAUUUAAGAGCGUUGGCCGAGGCCGACACAAACAUCGCUUUCAUGGACAUUCUCAUUUCUCACGAAGUCAUAGUUCGUCCACUUCACCCAAGCGCUCGCGUUGGGAUAAAGUCAGGAUGCGUGCUGAAAGCACAGCGAGUGAGUCUAGUCCCGAUCGGCGCAAAUCAUCAGAGAAAAGCCAUCGAAUGUGGGGUCAUUCACGCAAGAAAUCUGAGGCCGCCAUGCGCAAGGACACUUUCGAUCAAGCUGAAGUGCGCCAGUCUCGCUCCAAGUCUCGUGACGGCCUAUACAAUAGGCGCACAAGAAAAGCCCAGACAAUAGACACGCCAUCUCUUGACUCCGAAGCGAUUCAGGUCGGUCGACAAGCCUCGGUCUCGUCCACGGGCAGUUUGGGCAACCGAAAUCUGGCAAGGAUGUCUUUUGAGGAAAUGGACAGCACUGCGCCUAACUCUCCUGCACAUGCGAGUUAUUUCCCGAGUAUCGCUGUCAAGUUGUCUCCGCCUUCAAGCCGGUCUCCUUCGCCUGCUAAGAAGAGGCUCCGGCAUAAAAUAGUCUCCCGUCACGAGCGGACCAAAAGCAAACAUGAAUACCAGGAACGUCACGAAGAUGAAGACCUGGGUACGGCUGUAUCCCAGCAGUCUUGCGUGCAGUCUGAGGAUCAUGCUGAGAAGGCGUCGAAGCUUGAACCAAGUCCUCUUCCAGACAUGGACACCGCGGCUGACAUUGAUACCCAAACCGCCAUGGAGGGACGUGGGGAAGAUUUCCGAGACCGAAAGGGACAGCAAUCACCAGAGUCCAAGUUACGCGGUAUUUUCAAAGGACCUGGUCGGAUUGCUGAGAUCGUCGGCAAUGAGGUCUCCAAGGUUGGGGAUUUCAUUCUCAAGAAGGACACGGCUUAUGAUACCCGAAAACCCUCAUUCGCAGCAUCGGAUGACAGCAAUUCAGAGCUUGACGAAAGUCGACAUGAGAAGCGAUAUGGAUCGAAGGCGCUACUGCGUCGUCAGCCUAAUUCCACCGACGAUCCAGGUCGUCUCCCCCGUCGAGAAACGGACAAGGCAAUUUCAAAAUCCCCGUUACCUACCUUCACGUCUUCGUCGCGACAGGUACAGAGACAUGAAGAGGCAAGUGAUGUCGCCGAUCGAGAGACUGCACUUGAACGUAAACAUACCAAAGGAAGGAGCGAUGAUCUGGACGAACCUCGACGACUCGCCAGCUCUCGGAGUAAGACAUUCGAUUUUGGUCAGGCGCUUCAAGCAAGUCGAGGGCGAACGAAACAUGCGAAUCCCAUCAAGGAUCCCUCAAAUCCUUUCAGUCUCACAACCCCUCCUGUGACUGGGCUUACGAGAGCUCGAGCAUCUCCGGUACCUGCUAGCCAAGGAGAUGUGGCGAAAGCCGGCGCGGGACGGGCAUGGAGUAUCUCAGACCGCAGCAUCCGUACUUCAACGGACUCGGGCCUCCCAGGAAAGGCCGAAAUCGAACGAACGCUUGCUUUGCUUCUCUCUUCAGGGAUCACGGCGAGAGAAAUCAAUCGCAGACUCACCAGCUCUCGGGAUCCUCCUCGGUGGCUAUUGAAAUCUGCACCCACAAAUACCCCUGUGCCCCGAGUGACUCGGCUGGGAGAAUUUGAUACUGCUGCGCAGAACUACCUUCGCCGCUUUGAAAUGACACAAUACUCAUUCCAAAACUCAAUGCACCAAUUUUCAACUGCGACAUCAAACCCUCUGCGUUCCCAACUCAAAGAAUUGGAAAAUCUCAUCAACGAGAAGCUCACCCCUCAAGUCCGUGCCACUGCGGACACUGCCGAAGACUUAUGUGUGCAGUUGAACACGACCAGUACGCUCGCCGUCAAAUCUUUAAGCGAUGCCCUCGAUAAAGGUAUUCGGAAGCGUCGCCGACGUCUUCGCUGGGCACGACGUGCUGCAUUUUCAAUCCUUGAGUGGAUGCUCGUUGGCAUGCUCUGGUGGGUGUGGCUUAUCGUCAUGGCUUUCAAAUUCCUUCGCGGUGUCUGCCGCGGCGCCAUAACUGGUGUGCGAUGGGUCCUUUGGAUCUAA